AUGCCACUUGGAAUCCUAGACGAUACCAAGCUGGAGCACGUCCCAGGCACGGCCCCGUUAAACCAUCUUCAAGACACCAACACCUACUCAGGAGUUGACCCUAGUCUCCUCAAACAUGACCCAACCGGAAAUUUUGUACUUGUUCCCCAGCCAUCUGACUCGCCGAACGAUCCAUACAAUUGGCCGCGAAGAAAGAAGGAGUUGUUUACCGUAACCUUUGGCUGGGGAUGCGGAUGUGUUGGAGCUGUCGGUCCACUUCUCGGAGGAGCGUUUGUUCCACUAGCUAAAGAAUUCAACGUGUCACUAAGCACAUUCGUCUCUGGGGUUCAAGGUGGGACAAUUGCUGCGAUUGCUGUUGGCAGUCUGAUAUUCAAUUCGCUGGCUGUGAAAUAUGGCAAACGCCCCAUCUACUUGUCCACCACGGUGGGGCUCAUGGUUUCGUGUUUCUGGGCAGCAGCAGCAAAAAGCUUUCCGUCUCUUGUUGCAGCGAGGGUGCUUUGUGGCUUAUGCAUGGCACCGUUCGAAGCGUUGGUUCCGGCUUCGAUUGCAGACAUAUGGUUUGUUCAUGAAAGAGGAUUUCGCACCGCGGUGUUUAACUUGGGGGUCUUGGGAGGGAUCAACCUUGCAGUUCCAAUUGCUGCGGCAAUCAUUCAAUACGGAUCUUACCACAUUGCAAUGUACGCGAUGGGCGGUGCAUUUGCGCUGGCACUUAUCAUGAUUUUCUUCUGGAUGCCCGAGUCGGCCUAUGCUAGGGAGGCAUUAAACAUUGACACGGGUAACGAGAAGGUUGUUGUGGAAGACACGGCAAAAUUACAUCCCGAGCACCUACAAACCACUGGAGAACAGCCAAGCUCAUGGACCAAGGAGCUUCUUCCGUAUAGUGGCUACGUCAACACAGUCUCAUUUUGGAAUACCCUUAUUCGGCCAUUCUAUCUACUUGCCUCGCCCAAUGUGCUCUGGGCAGUUUUGCUCUUCACAACCUGUAUUUCAUGGCUGGUGGGAAUCUCUCUCACCCUAUCUCAGAUUUUCUCUGCGCCGCCCUACAGUUUCUCAGUGGGCGCUGUCGGAGCGACGAACCUCUCGUCCUUCGUAGCAUCUGUCCUUGGCACUAUGGUUGCUGGUCCUCUAAUUGACGGGCUAGUAAAACAGAUGUCCAAAAUGAACGGUGGCAUAUUCGGUACGGUAUCCCUCUCUUGGUCCCAAAAAUCUCCUUUCCUCAUCAUCUUCACAGAACCUGAAUUCCGCCUCCCCAUUAUGAUCACCUAUCUCCUCUUCACAGCAACUGGAUUCUUUGCAUGGGGACAGUCAGCCUAUGUACAGGAGCCGUGGCCCAUACCAGUGAUUGUCUGUCUGGGGUUGAUCAAUUUUGGUGUUCAGCUGGGCACCACCGGCGUCGUCACGUACAUUGUGGACUGUCAUCGCGAGAAAGCAGGCGAGGCCUUUGCGACAAUGAACUUCAUCAAGAAUCUUUUUGCGUUUGGGUUAUCGUUUUAUAUCAACGACUGGAUUGCGAACCAAGGGGUUCGAGAUUGUUUCUUUACUAUCGGGGGUAUCACGAUGGCUGUCACUCUUCUGACAAUACCUAUGUAUAUCUUCGGCAAACGAGCUCGAAGCUGGGUUCAGCGCCAUGGAAUUGCGGAUCGACUGUAG